CAAAAAAAAAGAAUUCACAAAAAAAAUUCACGAAAAAAAAUCGCCAAAAACAACGCAAACAAAAUUGCAGCAAAGGCGCACAACAACAAAAAACUUCGAGCAAGCCGCUACCAAUUUGAACUCAUUUUUGUUGCCUUUUCUACAUCUCUUCAAUUUUUAUUGGCUCACUUGCUGUCGUCGUCGCUUUUAAAUUGACUUUCAUAACAACGCUUCACUGAGCAUACGUUGGCCGCCCGUCUGCUGUAAUCGAGUACGCUACACAUAGAAAUCUGAAAGCCGCAUUUGUCUCACACUACACAGCAUUUGGCAACAGCAUCCGCAGAGGAGAUGGCAUCGAAAUUCUCGUUGUCUGUUUGGUGUGUGCUGGCCGGUUGGUUUCCGUUGCUGGCCAACGGUUACCUGAAUGUCUUCAUUAGCCAUCGUGAAGUCAUCAAAUUAAUGGGCCUUGAAGCAGACUUGUUCUAUGUGCAUGAGGGCGCCAUUAACACAUACGCCAUGCAUUUUACGGUGCCGGUGCCAGCAGAUGUGCAUGAUUUAGAGUUCUCGUGGCAGAGUCUGACCACGUAUCCGCUGCCCUAUACCAUCACCAUCGACUAUGAACAGGAGCAGAGCGCACUCGCUGCGCCCACGCUGAGCAUACCGGACCGGGGUUAUGUGCCGCAGCAGAUAGAGACAUUUCUGGUGCAUUUACCCUGCACGGGAGAUGGCAAUAAGGAGGUGCCGCUUGUCGUCAAUAUGCUAGUUAGCGGACCGCCGCGCACUAAUGACACUAAAUUGCAUUUUAAACGGAAUAAAAUCUGCCUCAAAGGUCUGUUUCCUGCACCCAAUCAAUCAGCAGCACCCGCUCAGGCGCCCUCACCGGGUCACACUCUAUUGGGCGCGGCCGCUUGUGCGCUCGGUUUGGUGUUGGUCUUUAGUCUGAUUGCAUCGGCGAUGUAUGUGCGUGCGCGCAAGCAAAUACGGCAGGAUUCGUUGCAUACCAGCUUCACAACCGCCGCUUAUGGCAGUCAUCAGAAUGUUUUCAUACGCCUGGAUCCGUUGGGUCGCCCACCCAGCGCGAAUAGUGGUUCCUAUGCAACUAUAGCUAGCCUGAAUAAAUAUCCAUCGGAGUCGAAGAAGUCUUGCAAUAUAUUCGAUAGAUUUCGCAGCUCUACGCCGACGCCCUCGCCCUAUGCGACCGCCUUGCUGCCCGUGGGCGGUGAUCAUCAAAUCGGAGAUACAAUUUACUCUAAGCCAGAAUCGAUCUGCCCCUCGAGAAUAUCAUAUUAUGCCUCAUCGCAGUUGACACAGGUCUAUAGUAUGUCUACACCGAAGAGCAGUCGCGGUGGCGGUAAUGGCAGCGUUUUUGGUGGCGCUAGCUCAUCGGCUGGCAGUGGUAGUGAUCCGAAGGAAAAACUACGCCGCAUACCCAACGUACAGCCGGGCACACUCAUGUGUCAGCAUCUUAUGAAGGAGGGCACUUAUGGGCGUAUCUAUGCUGGCAAUCUGGGUGACUCCUGCGAUGUUAUUAUAAAAACUGUUGUUGAUGGUGCUUCGCUGACGCAGGUCGCCUGCUUGUUGCAGGAAGCUUCGACGCUAAUCGGCGUGUGUCAUCCGAAUAUAUUGACGCCUUUGUUGGCGAAUACAGAGUUGCCAGGUCCGCCUGAAAUUGCUUAUGCCUAUCCGUCCAAGGGCAAUCUGAAGAUCUACUUGCAGAAGUCGCGUGAACUCAACUCGCCGCUCAGUACCCGCCAGCUGGUUGAAUUUGGUCUGCAUGUGACCAAAGGUCUGGCGCAUCUGCAUUCAAUCGGUAUUGUGCACCGUGAUGUUGCAACGCGCAAUUGCUAUCUCGAUAUGGAUUCCUAUGUGAAAAUUUGUGAUAGCGCCUUGUCGCGCGAUCUCUUUCCCGAUGACUAUCAUUGUCUGGGCGACAAUGAGAACCGUCCACUCAAGUGGAUGGCUUUGGAGUCGCUACAAAAGAAAUACUUCAACACUUAUACAGACGUUUGGUCUUUGGGUGUGCUGUUUUGGGAGUUAGCCACGCUGGCGUUAACGCCUUUCGAGGAAGUGGAUAUUUUUGAGCUGAGCGCAUACCUUUCGGACGGUUUUCGAUUGGGUCAACCCAUUAACUGUCCAGAUGAAUUCUUCACAGUGAUGUCCUGUUGUUGGCUGGAGGAUCCCAAACAAAGACCCUCCUUCCCACAACUACUGGCGUACUUACAAGAUUUCCACGAGGAUCUUGGCAAGUAUAUAUAAAUAAGAUUCAGAGCAGAACGGAAAAUAGCUGUAAAUAGGUUAAAAGCCAGCUAAUAAAUAUAUAUGUACUUGUAAGUGUGUGUAAAGAAA